AGACUCUUGUCAAUAUCUUGAAGAAUACUUUGCAUUGGAGGUGAAGCUUUCAGUUUAUUUUCACCGCCUUUAAGAAAGAUGGAUCGAGUAAUUAAUAUUUUUCAGGCAAUUGUGAGACUACAAGGAAUGAAAGCGUUUACGAUAAAUAGAUGUAAAUGUAUAUCCGGUAACUUCUUUCGAUUUCUCGGCACACAAUGUAAGAAUUUGGAAACUUUAAAAAUUUGUCAUAUUCCAUCUACAUCAUAUUUCCAAUCAACAGACACGUUUUAUAUUACGCAAUUAUCCAACCUCAAAGCUCUGACAGUCAGUGAGAACAAUGUAAUUACGGACGAAUUUCUUUUUAGUCUGCUAACGACAUGUCACAACCUCACAUAUUUAGACAUUUCCAGAUGUUCUGGUAUUUCAAACCAUGGCAUGACCGCUAUAACAACCGUUCCCUCGUUAGAAGUGUUAAUAAUGAACGAUGUGCCAACAGUGACUAAAGUGCAUCUAUCUGAGGCAUCCAAUUUCAAAAGAAUAGAAUGUCGCAAUUCGAAAUUUAUGGAUAGUGUGAUAAUUAAUCUUAUUAAAUUCUCGCCGCAAUUGAGGGUGCUAGAUUUAUCAGAAUCCCCAUCUAUUACUAAUAGAACAUUAGAGGAAGCUGCCAGAAUUACGGCCAGUCGAACCAACAAUAUUACUUUAGAAAUAUUCGUAGACGGUACCUCAGUGGAUCUUAGGACUUUUAAUAACGUAUCACCGUUUUUACAAAUA